GCUGUAGCUUCUUGCUCUCCCUGGCUGGGGGGGAUCCUCCAGGUAAGAGGCUGCUUUAGCCCUGGGAGCUCUGGGCCUGGCCAGGAGCUAUCGCCGAGGGCGGCGUGAUACACCCAGGGCCGAGCAGGCCUCUCGUUGCCCCCAUGGAUUUCUUCUGCCGGAAGCGCGCGCGGUCAGACUCGCCGCCCAGGGCCACGGCGCCGGUGAAGAGACACGGCUCCUGCCCGGUGACCCAGAGACCCCAGCCAGCCAGGCCGGAGAGCCGCCCCGAGCUCUGCCCCUUCCUGGCCGGUCUCUUCCGCCCCAGGAGCGCCAAGGCCGGCCUUCCCGCAGCCUGCCGGGGCAGCUCCCCGGAGCCAGGCUCGACGGCGGCGGAGAGGGUCCCGCUUCUGGCCGACAACUCCAAAGCCGAGCUGGCGGCCCUCGAGAGCAUGGGCCCGGAGGAGCCGGUGGAGGAGCCCCCUAGCGCUGCAGGGCCAACGGGCGCCGCUGGCCUGCUGGAAAUGGAGACAAAGCAGCCCACCCCGGUCCCCGGGAGGAAGGUCCUGCAUGGCUCCCUGCAAGAUCUCUCCAAAGCCACAGCUACGCAGAUGCCAAGUCCGGAGCGCAGACUGUUCCGCCGACCGCUGGGGAAAGGAGCCAAGGACACGGACAAGUGGAAGAGGGAAUCUAAAUACGUGCAAACACAGCCUCUCUACCAAGACUACUGGCUGAAGCGCCUCAAGGCGGCGGAGCGCAAGCCCAAGGAGCCGUCCUUCCGGGUGGACGCCAGCCUGUCCAUCGCUGGCCUCCUCUCCUCCUCCCUGCUCGGCGCCGCCUCGCAGAUCUCGUCCCGCGACUACAGCUUCUGCUUCUGGCAGGAGAUCCCAGAGGUGAAGAGCCGGCGGCUCCUGGAGAGUCUCUCGCCCCGGCAGCACCGCCUGCAGGAGGCCAUGUUUGAGAUGAUCACAUCAGAGGCCUCCUACCUGCGCAGCCUCUCGGUGGCCACGAGCCACUUCAAGGGAUCGCUGGUGCUGCGGGAGACGCUGACCAGGGCCGAGGUGCACCGGCUCUUCUCCAACCUGCAGCAGGUGAAGGACGUCAGCGAAAGGUUUCUCCUGGAGCUCGAGGAGCACAUGGACAAGGAUGUCUUCCUGGCGGGGCUGGGGGCCGUGGUCCUGAAGCACUGCCCUGCCUUCCACAGGGUCUACAUUCCCUACGUCACCAACCAGAUGUACCAGGAACAGCUCAUGCAGCAGCUGAUGCGGGAGAACUGGCGCUUCCGGCAGGUCCUCAGGAAGCUGGAGGAGCAGCCGGUGUGCCAGCGGCAGCCCCUGAAAUCCUUCCUGGUGCUGCCCUUCCAGAGGAUCACCCGCCUGAAGAUCCUGCUGGAGAACAUCCUGAAGCUGGCCCCGGCGGGCUCCGAACUGGCCAGCUCCAUUGGCAUGGCCCUGACGGCCGUGGGAGAGAUCGUGUGGGCCUGCAACGAGAACGUGCGGCACAUGAAGCAGACCGAGGAGCUGGUGCUGCUGGAGAAGCAAGUCGAGUUCGUAAAGACGAAGUCCAUCCCGCUCAUCAGCCGGGGCCGCUGGCUGGUCAGGGCGGGGGAGUUCUCCCAGGUCCUCAUCCAGGAGGUGGGCGUGGGGUACAGACCCCGCCUGAGCACCAAGCCCAUCCACCUGCACCUCCUCAGCGACCUGCUGCUUUUGUCCCGCCGGAGGGACGACGGCAGGUUUUCCGUCAAGGAUUACGCCCAGACCUGCCACGUGAGAGCGGAGCUCCUCAGAGCCAAGCCGCUGGGGCUCCCCGACACGGCCUUCCUCCUGUGCCUCUCCCGCAACCACCGCGGGGCCAGCGCCGAAUUCAUCAUCAAAGCAGCCAGCGAGGCCCAGAGGCAGGAGUGGAUCUCGCUGAUAACCAGCCAGGCGUCCCCUCGGCCUGCGCCUGUGAUCAAAGCCCUGAGAGAGGCCUGCGCUGGUAUCUGACUCGCCGGGGCCCAGGCCAGCUGGACUCCAUGCUUGGCCUUUCCAGAGGAUGACCUCCCGCGAGCUGCACAAGGGGGUCUGCAGCCCCUCGCCUCUUUGGGGCCCUGUCCGGGGCCAGCGGUUCUUCCCAGGCCUGGGAGCUCGGCUUGGGGACCUUCGGCGCAGGCUGCGCCGGACUCAGCGGUGGGGCGGGGAGGGGCGGUGAACGGCCUGGCAAGCUGCUCUCUAUGAAAGCCACACGCUCCUAGAAGCAAGGCAGGUCCAGGGGCGGGAGCCCAUCUCUGUGUGCUGGGGUGUUUCUGGGGGAUCUGCCCAAAUGGGGUCCCCGCCAGGCCCCAGUGAGCGGGGUACAGAUUCCUGGGGGUAUAUCCAAGGGGCGCCGAGCCUUGACGUGCGUCAGGCCAUAGAGUGAUCUGGGGGGGCGAGACCCUUUGCCAAGAAACCCUUUGGAAAACAGGCCGGGAUCUGAGCCAGAAGCCUGGCUCUGGCCCUCGACCUGUGGGGGAGCCAGUGGGAACCACUAGGUGGUAGCAGGUACUAAGUGCUCGUGUCUGUCAAGCCAGUUCCCGGCUUCUCCGUGAAAUCUCCGGCUCUUUGAUCUGACUGUACCAGCCCGGAGAAGCCCAAAGCUCCCCAAAUGGCCCAGCAAAGGGGAGGAUGCUGCCCUUUGGGGGGAGGGGUGUCCCCUGCAUGUGCCUAGUGCAGAGGACGUGAUCCUGCGGAGGGCGCUGUGCGGGAGCUGGUCUCCAUUGCUAUAGCUGCCUGGCAGGAUCUUUGAGCCUUGGUUGCUGAACGUCCUCUUGCCCAUUGG